GGUGGAUGUUGUCAAACAGCAGAAAUAAAAGAAAUAUUGGUAUUCUAUAAAUAUUUCUUGUUCGGAAAUAGGGCUAAGAGAGUUUGCAAUAAAACAUGGCUAUAGUGGAAGAUGAAGUGCGAAACGGAUCUGAAGAAGAGAAUGAAAUGGAGGUUGUCCCUGAGGAUGAUGACGCCGAUCAAGAUUCCGACGACUCCGACGAUGAAGAUGAAGAAGAUAGUGAAGAAGCACUUGAAAAGAAAGUAGCAGACUUGGAGGAACACCUUGCAAUAGAUCCAUACAAUUAUGAUGAUCAUAUUGAGCUGAUCCAAGCAUUGUGGAGCCUCACAGAAUUAGAUCGCUGGCGUUCUGCAUUUGAGAGGCUUCAACAGCUUACAAUUAUAAAACCAGAGCACUGGCUUCUACGAUUACAAACUGAAGAGACUUUAGCACAUUCUGAAGAAUCUAAAGAAAAAAUUAACAACUUGUUUUUAGAAGCAACAAUUGAUUGCUACUCUAUUCCAAUAUUAAGUGAGUGGUGUUCGUGGGCUAUGAAUGCGGGUGACACUGACAAAAUAAGGCUGCAACUAGAUGAGGUGUUGAAACGAGCUGGUGCUGAUCCAUUAUCUGGCAAAAUAUUCUGGGAUGCUAAAAUUGAAAUGGAGAAAGCGAAAUUGGAAUCAAUGAAUGUUGAGGACCCCGAGUACAAGGAUCAGAGGGACAGAGUGGUUUGGAGUGUGGAGGAGGCGGCCUCACGCCCCCUGCUGCGGGGGGAGGAUGCUUGGGCCCUAGUGGAGGAGUUGCAACAUACCUGUAGUGAGAAGAUGAAAAAGCAGCAUGAGGCAGCUAUGGAGUAUUUACAGAAAAUUACUCCUUAUGAAGACAAAUUACUGACUAUUGAGGAUGUGGAAGAGAAAUGUAAGAUAUAUCAGGAGUACAUAGAUAGUGUUAAAAACCUGGCUGAAGUAGACAAAUUUGCAGAAUGUGAUAGCAAUGGAAUCUUAAAGGUGCUAUACGAUCGUGCCACAACAGAGUGUCUGUCGUGUGAGGCGGUCCACGACCUACUGUUGGCCUUCGUCCGUCACGUACAAAAGGUGUCGUCUCGAGACACAAUAAGACGAGUACUGGACAUCUGCACUCGCCGCUGCUCCACCAAAGCAACCUUCUGGGUGCUGAAAAUGCAACAAGCUGAGCACGAGGAGAAGUCUUUUGAUGAGGUAAAAUCGAUAUUCGAAGUGGCGUUAUCCAAGGGUAUGGAGUCGUACAAGCAGUCGGAGACGCUGUGGAUGAGCUACCUCGAGUACAGCCGCCGGCGAACCAACUUCGAUAACGAGGCCGAAGUCGACAGACUACGUAGAACAUUCCGCCUGGCCUGGGACUCGCUGGCCGAGGCCUGGGGUGAGGAGGCGAACGACUGUGAGGUGCCGUUGUUUUGGGCGCGCCUCGAAUAUAAACUUAUGAAGAAUCCUAAACAAGGAAAAGAGAUUUUCGAAGAAAUAUUCAAAUACGGCGAGAACAAGACUCUAUCGAAGUACUGGGAGGCGCUGGUGUCGCUGGAGGUGUCGUGCGGGGGGCGGCGCUUACGCGAGCUGCUGGCGCGCGCGCUGCGCUGCGUCGCCGACUACCCGCCCGCCGUCGCGCGCCUGUGGACCGACCACGAGCGUGACCACGGCGAUCUGCGCACGCUGAGAGACUGUCAGCUUCAGUGCGAGAUAAAACUAAAGGAGUGGCGCGACAACUAUCAAGCGAUGAAAGAAAAGAUGAUGGGUAAUAAACAAAAAGGAAAAGGAAAGGGAAACGAAAAGGGCAAACAAGGAAACAAAAGAACGAAAGAAGCGCCAAACAAAGGGAAGAGAAAAUUGGAUGAUAAAGCAGAAAGUAGCGAGGGAAAGAGAAAGAAAGAGGUAAUGGAAGUUGACGUGCAAGAAAAGGACGGAAGAGUUGGUCUGAAGAGGACACACGACAAUGAAGAUGACGAAAGUACAGCAUCCAAAAGACUGAGAGAAGAAUCAGAGUCGGCGAGUGGAAGCCGAGAGGAAUGUACACUGUUUGUUAGUAAUCUUGAAUUCAAAGUAAAUGAAGAUAAUCUAAGAAAGAAAUUGUCGGAGUAUGGCACAAUAGUGUCUAUGAGAGUUAAGGCCGGGGUGAAGGCGUUUGGUGGUUCCAUAUGCUACUGUCAGUAUACGUCGCCGAGUGCGGUGGAAAAAGCAGUCAAGGAUGAUCGAACGCCGCUCGACGGUCGACCGAUGUUCUUAUCUAAAUACUCCGCUAAGAAAGGCAAUCCUACAUUCAAAUACGCGACAGAGAAGGAACAAAAUAAGCUGUUUGUGAGGAAUCUGCCGUUCGCGCACUGCACCAAGGAGGCGCUGGCGAAAGUGUUCGACAAGUACGGCAAACUGAGGGACGUCCGAAUCGUCACAUUCAAAGAUGGCAAACCUAAAGGUCUGGCGUACAUAGAGUAUGAGGACGAGAAAUCCGCAGCGGAGGCUCUGUCAAAGACCAACGGCAUGUUGCUCGGUGAUCGCAAUAUCGACGUAGCGAUCAGCGCGCCGCCGCAACGCGCUGCGGAACCCGCGACACUGGGACAGCCCAAACGUGACGUUAGGGGCGGAAUGAGGCGUACGCAGCUAAGUAAUCUCAUACCCAGCGUGCUACAGAAGCCGUCGACGAGCCAAGCGGCCAACGGCAGCACCAACGGCGCAGAGAAGAAAACACUCACCAAUAGCGACUUCAGAAGUUUGCUACUUAAAUAGUUCGUACAUACGUAGAUAUAAGGUAAAGUUUUCAUAUUAUAAUAGGCCAGUCAAGAAUGGUAUGUACAUUGAAUGCAUAUUUUGAGCAAUUUGAGACUUUAUGCAUAAUGCAACUUUCAAUCAUAAUAUGUUUUUUUUUCUAAUAGACCAAUAAAGUAUGCGUAUUGAAUGCAUAUUUUGAUCAUUUGAGUCUGUAUGCAUUAUUUUUAAGAGGUGCCAGAUCUCACUAUAGUUUUUGUAUGAAAUGAUUGCGUGUCUCGAAAUCUAUAUCCAAUGAUUUGGAGUUGUUUAGUUAUGGAUAACUUUUUUCAGUUGUUUUUGUGUUCUAUGAUUACAACAGCGCUAUUCGCUUUAAAAUAGUCAAACAAUAAAUAAUAUUAUGUAAGCUUUAAAGUAAAAGUUUACAAAUAUAUAAUAAAAACAUUUGUUAAAGGUGUAUGUGGAAAAAUCGCGCGCGCGCGAACAUCUAAAGUAAUAAUUACGGUUAAUAAAUCUCACUGUUUGGCUUGUAUUAUAAAGCUUUUUAUUAUCGAGUUAUAGAUAGAACAUUACAACAGCUGUAUAAAGAAUUAGCUAUAUUUUAUAUACAUACUAUUUGUUUGUGGGUGUAUUUAAGGUUAAGCAGAGUUUUUUAUUGUAUUGGAACUAUAAAAGGAUACAUAAGAUUUAAGAAGUAACAUUAUUCAUUUGUAGGUUAUAUCAGAAGGAGUUCUUAUAGUUUAAUGUGUAAUAUAAAUUCGUUUUAAGUUUAUUAAGGCAGAACAGAUACAAUCUACGAGUACAUAAGUCAUUCAUAUCUAAAGCGAUUAUCAUGUACCCAGUACCCAUGACUUGUAAAGUUUUUUCGUAUCUCAACAAAUAUGUUUUUUUAAAUAAUUAGUUUUAAAUUAAACCUUUUUUGUUCUUAGUUUGUACUUCAGACGUUUCGUUGAUUAAUAAAUUUAAAGGUGAAGUUGUUAAA